CCCAUCGUACAAACAAACAUAACCUACAAGUGUAAACUCCAAAAACACGUGUCAAGUGUUGCUCUGUGCUCCAAUACUGAUUCAUAAACUAUAAUAAACAAUUAUCCCCAGAAAAUAAGUUACUCAGCAUGGCCGAUGUAAUUAAAAAACGAAAGAGAGUGUCGAAGAAAACCAAGAAAUCCUGGCGUAAACACGUGGAUACAAAGGACGUGGACUCCUUCCUCGAAGAUUUUAGGCUAGAAGAGCGUUUAGGAGUUCCUUUUAAAAAGCGAGCAGACACAGAGCUUUUUCAAAUUGACUCUAUUCCCGACGAAGAUCUAAAAAAGGUCGUCAACACAAAAGCAGCGUACAGAGAGUCAUUGAGAAAUGCUGAGCCCAAGUGUUAUGCAGCUCUGAAACCACAUACAGCAGUUCCAGAUCCAAUUUCAAAGCGUAAUCGAGUCAAAACACCGGCGGAACGCCAGAAUCCAAUUACUAAGAAGUUUCAGCAGUUGAGAAAACUCAGUGGAAAAUUGACAUUAACGGAGAGACUUGCAGUGAAGAACCGCGAACUCGCUGAAACAAAACGUAAAAAUCGUCCUAAAAGAGAUGAGUUCACAGGGGACAUCUGGGAGGGUGAACCUGGGAAGAAAGUUCUUGGAGAGAUCGACACCCAGUGGUUGACCACUGAUGCUGUUCGCCACACCCUCAUCGUCAAGGGCAUUCGCAAGCGACGCAUCCCUGCAGCAGUGCACAAGAAACCCUCUGAAGUGCCAAGCAUUGAGCUACCCCAUCCAGGAACUUCGUACAAUCCAUCUUACGAAGACCAUCAGUCUCUCCUGCGAGAAAUUGCUGAUAAAGAGUUGAAGUUGAUGAAGGAAGAGGCACAUAUCGAGAGAGUAACGACGAAGAUGUUCAAGAAGGUUUCACAGCAGCAAAAAGCUGAUAAUUGGAUGAAGGAUGCUGCUGAGGGUCUACCUUUACCUCAGAACGUCGAAGUGAAGUCUGAACCUGAGGAUGAUGAAGAUGGGGACGUUAAACCUGUCAAGUUACCAGUGAAAAACGUGAAGAAGACAAGAGUGCAGAGGAGGAAGCAAAGAGAGCAGAGGAAACUGGCUUUGGAGUUGAGGGCAAAGAAGGUUGAGAAGAGGAAAAUUGGGGAUAUGUACAAGUUGAAAUUUAUUAAGAAGAAUAUUGAGGUGAAGGAGAAGAAAAAUGAGGUGUUGAGAGUAAUGAGGAAAAAAAUGGAAGAGAGGAAGGCGAAGGAACCUAAACUGCUGAGUAAAACUAAGUUUGAACCUGCUGAAGACGCGUUUACAUUGGGGCUGGAACUCACUGGAAAUUUGAGGGAAGCAGCACCUGUAGGUAAUCUACUGAAAGAUCGUUUCAAGUCCAUGCAGCAAAGAAACAUCUUGGCGCCUUCUAAAUUGGUUCUGACACGCAACAAGCCGAAGGUCAAGAAGUUUAUUAAGCCUGAUCACAAAAUUACAUUGCCUAGUAAAUCAAAGUAAAUUUCGUCUCCUUGUAAAUUAGGAAAAUUGUAUCGAAAUAUUCAGUUCAAAUACAAUAUUUCCGAGGAAUUAGUAUAAUGAAGACUUUAAAAAUGGCAGAAGAGGAGAUAUUAUAGGAUAAGGUAAUACUCCCCAUCCAUUCUAUAUUUAUGCAUUACAAGAUGUAGAUAAAAGAACUUUUGAAAAUUUCUGAUUUAUUUUUCAAUGUUCAAAUUCCAACACAUAAGGGACAGGAAAUUCCAGAGCGGAAGUAAUCAUAUCUUGUGAAUGAGAUAAAAAUCUUUUAAUUGAAAAUUAAUUUGAGGUUAUCUAAGAAUUGUUUACUACAUGAUACAAACCAUAAUGCUGGACUGAACUUAAUGAUUUUCCAUUAUGAAAUUUAGCAAUUAAAUUACAUGAAAACAACAUAACAAAGCAUAACAAAGUUAUAACUAUUCAGAAUUCUUCAAAUUACAUUUUGCACAGAAUCUUUACCUGAUAACAUUACACUAUGCGUUGUUAACGCAGACAUUAACAAUAAUUUAGUAAAUAGCUAUCAAAAUACACAAAAAUAAGGACAUAAAAUGAAAGUUUCAUUACUAAAAUCUACAACACAGAACGAUUUUUCAUAAAUAUGUAAUCGUAAUUGUUUUCACUUCGAAAACAUUAUCAGUUGGGCAUGAAAACUAUUUCUGGUAAAAUGUUACACUCAGUAAAUCAGUAAAUGUUACACUUCCGACCAAUUAUUAUUAUCACGGAAAACUGAUUGCUUCCGAACUAUUUAUAGAAAACGCUUAUCGUUCUUUAAAAAUCGCAAACUAUUCGUAUACUUCAAGUAAAAUCAACUUCAAAUGGCCGCUCCAAUGUUAAACGACAAAAAUUGAAAGGCGGUUGAGGGGAGAAACCGUAAUUUUGUUUUUAAUUGUGAGAAAAAUAUCGUUUUUCAAUAAAACAGCAGAAAGGCAGUGGAAACAUUAUUUAUGUUUUUCCACUAUCGACAAUAAGUGAGACAUGAAUUCAUUUUUAGAUAUUCUGGCAAAAUGUUGCGGUAAUUUCUCAAUUUUAGGUUCAUUGAUAACGGGCAAUUCUAAAGCACACGCAAUUACAGACUUUAAAUCAGACAGAGUUUCAACAAGAGAAUUAACUUUUCUUAAACUCUGUUUUCGUUGGUUUUUUGCUGAAAACAAUUUGACAUUUUUUUGGUGUAAGGACGUUUGCAUUUUUGACAAAUUUUGUUGCUUAAUCAACGUUUCUGUCAUCUGGUUUUCUAUGCGAUGAUCAUUGUCAGGUUGUUCCUGACUCACUGCUGCUGCUUCAUUUUUGUCUACGUCGGGUUUUUUACAGUGUUUGUGUAAAUGCUUGCUCAGCACUUUUUGAAAGCGCAACGUUUCCAGUGCUUUGAUCAACUCUAGCUGGCUUUUCCGCGUCCAGGCUCGAUUGAAAGAUUUCGUACGACUAGAACAUUAAUUAAAAUUAAUUGCCUGUUUUUAUUAAUGUAUUAAUUAAAAUUAAUUUUCAUUUUCUAUUGAAAAUCAGUCGAGAUACUGUACAUGGUGUUCUGAUAAAGUAAAGAGUGUAACUAAAUCACAA